CAAGCACUGGGCACGAGGAAAGUAAAUAUUUACUGUUUGAUUUGCAUUUUCGCUUCCUCUGUGAUUUCCCACCGUGCGUGAACGUGGCGGGGAAGUACGACGGUUACUGACAGCUACACUUUCUCUGCAUACUUCGAAAAAUGUCGAUUUCCGAGGAGAUGUACCUGCACUAUCACGGACUGAUUGUGCCCAAGGAAACUCACUCUUAUGAGAGUUUGGAGUUUGCUCAGGGAUUCAAGUUUGAAGACGACGACGUCCUGGCUGUUACCUACCCGAAGUCAGGUACAAUCUGGAUGCAGGAGAUCCUCCCACUGGUGCUGAAUGGGGGGGAUCUGACCCCCAUCCAUACCAUUCCUAACUGGGAGAGAGUCCCAUGGCUGGAAGAGAAACAACUGGCACGGGUGGUGGAUAAGCUGGCAUCUCCACGGGCACUGGUCUCACAUUUUCCCUACAACCUCAUGCCCCCUUCCUUCUGUACCUCCAAAGCAAAGGUGAUCUACGUCAUGAGGAACCCAAAGGACAUCAUGGUGUCUUCAUACUACUUCCACCAGAUGGCUGGCUUCCUUGAGGAUCCAGGAACCUUUGAUGAGUUCAUGGAUAAAUUUCUUGAGGGCAAAGUGAUGUUUGGAAAAUGGACAGACCACGUGAAGAAUUGGAAAAACAGUGAACUGGGAGACAGAAUAAUGUACAUUACAUAUGAAGAAAUGGCUCAGGACCUGCCUGCGGCUCUCAGGCGUAUUUCUGAUUUCCUGGGCUGCAAUCUGACUGAAGAAGUAAUUCAGAAGGUAGCAGAGCAUUGUUCUUUCAAGAGCAUGCAGAACAACAACAUGUCCAACUUCAGUCUGAUCCCCAAGGUGUACUUGGACCAUGACAAAUCUCCUUUCCUAAGAAAAGGCAUUGCUGGAGACUGGAAAAACCACUUCAGCUCAGAGCAACUGACCCGAUUCACCUCUGUGAUUUCCAAAGAGCUGGAAGGCAUCCAAGAGACUUAACAAGAGCACGAGUCAGAAACUUUACGUUCUGCAGAAGCGGUAAAGAAGGACCGAAGGUUGCCGCUAUAAUACUAUAUUACCCUUCCAGGACCUGCAGCUCAGCAAAGCACCCCUUCGACAGCCCAACCCAUCUGUCUCUGAUUGGAUUGUUAAAUUUGUGAUUGACCUGACAUUGACCAAUCAGCUGAAAGGAAGAAGAAUUUGGUCAAAAUUUUUAAGUUUAAUAUAUAGUUUUUUGCUUUGCAUCUGUAACCAGACCUUAAAAAACAAAUUUGUAAUGUGUAAAUAUUUUUUUACAAAUACAAAUCUCUUUUACAUUGACACAAAUUCUCUUCCAUAGAUGCACAAACAUACAAUUUUCAGAUAUUUGGUUUACAGGUUACAAAACUCAGUUCACAACUAUGCUGUCUGAUUUACAAAAUAUUCGUACUUGUAAAAUAUUUAUAAUAAAUAUUUUAAAAUAUUUAUAACCACAAUUUGAGCCCAUAAACUAGUGCCAUGAACUAGUGGUAAAAAACUAAAUUGCCGCAAAAUGACGUCACAUCCGGUUUCGAGCAGGUCAUGACGGACAUGCGAUAGUUCGCGCUGAUGGAUGUAGGAAGUGUUACAAACAGCUGAUCGGAUUGGCAAAGCGUGUUUCUGUAAUAUUAUGUUUUUGUUGCUACAAGUGCUUUUUAUGCAGUUUUUGCAAAGCUAUAUGUAGAAGGAAACUGUGACCUAGGGCAAGCUGAUGGAAUAAGAUGUAAGUACAACUCCUCCGGUUUCAUAUGCAAAAAAAAUUAUUGCGCUAGCUUACGUGGUUGCAGUGCUACCCGGAUUUAAAAAUAGUUAUGUAAAACGGAGCGUGCCCGCUCCAACCGGCUUUAAAGGGUUAAUAUAUAUUGUUUUUUAGUUUGUAAUGCUUAUUGCAUGUUAACCUUGUAUAUGAUUAACUUUUGCCAUCUAGGACCUCCAUAUUCUGGAUCUGCAUGUAUUUGACAUUUAACUGGUACAAUUUUUAAAGUUACUGAGCAUAGCACAUUCACGGCACAGUCCACAUGUUUCUGCUAAUACAAAGUUAUGAUACUGCAAUCUUAAUUAACAUGGAUGUAAUGUUGUAUUUAAUUUGUUGUUGAGAAUUUUAACAAGAAGAUCAAUAAAGUCAUUAACAGUAA